UGGAACCGCGGGAAUCUCUCCGGGACCCGCACGGAGCAGCGCCACUCUCACUUUGGCCGGCGGCAGCGCGGACCGCUCUCCCGUCCACGGCUGAGCUCCACCUCCCUGCUAUCUCUCUCUACCCACUAUAGUAUUACGCACCCUCUGUGGAGCGGCUCGGAGUCGACAGCGGAGGCGGCUCUGCGCCGAGUCGGAGCGGGCAAAGCAGAGUCCGGCGCCCCUUCACACGCGUUAGGGGCACCAUGGGACGACGAGACAUGGGGCUUAUUCCUCUAAUAAUGGUCGCUGUCUUCCUGGCACCUCAUUCCGCCAAGGGCUACACGGAGGUGUGCGAGGGGCCGUUCAUGGGACGGCUCGGAGCGGACUCAUUUAGCGCUUCCUCGGCCCUCUCUUCAAGCCACGCGCCCAACUUCGCCAGGCUCAAUCGACGCGAAGGAGCCGGAGGCUGGUCACCAGGCCGGGUAGACCGGGUCCCGUGGCUGCAGCUGGAGCUGCCAGGCCGGGCGGAGGUCACCGCGCUCGCCACCCAGGGUCGCUACGGCAGCUCGGACUGGGUGCCUCGCUACCUGCUGCUCUACGGCGACUCUGCCGGGAACUGGAGGCAAUACCAGGAGGACGGGAAUGCGUGGGUGUUUCCAGGCAAUGAUAACUCGGACGAGGUGGUUCGCCACGAGCUCCAGCACCCGAUCGUCGCACGCUACCUUCGCUUUGUUCCCCUGGACUGGAACGCCUCCCGCUGGGUGGGCCUGCGCGUGGAGGUCUAUGGCUGUGCCUACAAGUCGGAGGCCGUGUUCUUCGACGGACGGAGCCUACUGGCGUACCGCUUCGAGCAAAAAACGAGGCGGACGCGCAAAGACGUGGUGUCGCUGCGGUUCCGCUCUGCGCUCGGCGAGGGUGUGCUGCUACACGGGGAGGGCCAGCGGGGAGACACCCUCACCCUGGAGCUCCAACGUGGAUGUCUGCACCUGCUCAUCAGCCUUGGUCAGGAGCCGACGGGACCUGCCGGUGGGGGUGGCCCUGGCGAGGUGGUGCAUACUUCUGCAAGCGCUGGCAGCCUGCUCGACGACCAGCAUUGGCACGACGUGUUGCUUGUCCGUAGCGGUCGCCAUGGCAACCUGACGGUGGACCGCCACACAGAGCGCUUCCACGUGAAGGGAGAGGAUGAUUCUCUCGACCUCGACUACCAGCUCAUGUUUGGUGGGCUCCCGUUUGGAGGCAAGGCGGGAAGUAUGGGGCGGCCCAACUUCCUGGGUUGCCUGGAGAAUGUGUACUACAGCGGAGAGUAUGUGACAGACCUCGCCCAGCGGGUCAAGCCUCAGAUCCACAUGUCUGGCAACGUGACGUUUGGGUGUCCACGCGGCGUCCCCGCGAUCCCCGUCACCUUCCCCGGGCCGGAUGGCCACCUCGCCCUGACGGGCCGUGUGGGGCGCGCCGCGCUGGCUGUCGCGAUGGAGUUCCGUACGUGGGACCCCACGGGCCUCCUCCUGCUCACCGCCCUGUCACGGGGCCUGGGGGAGCUGCGUCUCACUUUGAGGGAAGGAAAACUGAACCUGGCUCUCAUUCGCCCCGGUAGCAGCGACAUCCAUCUGUCUUCCGGCGUGCUGCUGAACAACGGCGAGUGGCACACGGCGAGUGUGCAGGCGCGGGAGCGCACGCUUUCUCUCGUCGUGGACGGCGCCGAGGACAUGGCCGUACGCUCCCUGCUGCCCUUCCACGUCGCCACCGGCAGCAUCUACUACUUCGGAGGCUUUCCUCAGAGAGAUGCGAACAGGUCGCUUCCCCCAUUCCUGGGCUGCAUGAGGCUCAUCAAUAUUGAUGAUCACUUGGUGGACCUCUCCCUCCUGCAGCAAGGCCUCCUGGGAAACUACACAAACCUCAUGCUCGACCAGUGUGGCCUCACGGACAGGUGUCUGCCGAGCCACUGCGAGAACGGCGGGACCUGCUCGCAGACCUGGCGCAGCUUCACGUGCAGCUGCGCAGGCACGGGCUACACGGGCGUCACCUGCCACACACCCAUCUACGAGUCAUCGUGCGAGGCCUACAAGCACCUGGGUCGAACAUCAGGCCGUUACUGGGUUGACCCUGACGGGAGUGGCCCUCUGAGGGCCAUGCAUGUCUACUGCAAUAUGACAGAGGACAAGGUGUGGACGACGGUGGUUCAUAACAACACGGAGCAGACGUGGGUGAGCGGCUCCAGUCCGGAGCGGCCCUUCGUGGCGGCGUUCGCGUACAGCGCGUCGGCGGAGCAGCUCACUGCGCUCAUCAGCUCCGCUGAGCACUGCCAGCAGGAGGUCGCCUACUACUGCAAGCGCUCACGUCUGCUCAAUGCACCAGAUGGAGAGCCAUACACCUGGUGGGUCGGAAGGACCAAUGAGAAGCAGCGAUACUGGGGAGGAUCAAUCCCUGGGGUACAGAAGUGUGCCUGCGGAAUCACAGAGAACUGCUCAGACCCCAAGUUCCACUGCAACUGCGACACGGACAUGGAGCACUGGAAGGAGGACUCGGGUUUGCUGGGCUACAAACCGCAUUUGCCUGUGAUGCAGCUACUCAUCGGGGACACUGAUCGAGCUCUCUCAGAGGCUGCCUACAGAGUGGGACCCCUCUCCUGCCACGGCGAUAGACACUUCUGGAAUUCAGUGCUGUUCACGACGCCAAGUUCCUACCUGCAUUUCCCACCAAUUCGAGCCGAGACCAGCCUGGACAUCGCGUUCUUUUUCAAGACGACGACUGACUCCGGCGUGAUCCUUGAGAACAUGGGGGCGAGCGACUUCAUUCGUGUGCAGCUCAAGUCCCCGCACGAAGUGAGCUUCAGCUUCGACGUUGGCAAUGGCCCAGUGGAGAUGGCCGUGCGUUCGGAGCAGCCGCUCAACGACGAGGAGUGGCACGUGGUAAGCGCCGAGCGGAGCCUCAAGGAGGCGAGCCUACGCGUGGACCUCUUGCCCCGCGAGCUGGUGCCUGCACCCGCACAGGGCCACACCAGCCUGCAGCUCAGCAGCCAGCUCUACGUCGGAUCCUCCGUGUCCGGCCACAGCGGCUUCCUGGGCUGUGUGCGCUCGCUGCGCAUCAACGGCGCAACACUGGACCUGGAAGAGAGAGCACGGGUCACGCCGGGUGUCAAGCCAGGCUGCUCGGGGCACUGCCGCAGCUACGGCUCACUAUGUCGCAACGGGGGCCGCUGCAUCGAGCGGUAUAAUGGCUACUCGUGCGACUGCUCCACAUCUUCCUACAACGGACCCUCCUGCACAAAUGAGGUUGGUGGUUUUUUCGAGCUUGGAACAUGGAUUCAAUACGACCUUUUGGGAGAUGAUGACGACGACGAGGAGGGUGAUAAUGAGUUUUCAACUCCCAAGCGGGAUCCGAGCAACAUUGCACUUUCGCGCGAGAGCAAGCCGUGGAAGGAGCGAGUGAUGCUACCGCUCGGCAAGUCCGCGGGGACCUACGUGAAGGAGGCCGUGGCUGUGGCGAUAAGGGAGCCCCCCUUGGAGGACUCUUUGCCCGGGGAGACGGUGCUGCUGAGCUUCAGCACCACGAGCGUGCCCGCGAUCCUCCUCUACGUCGGCACCGACUCGUGGGAGUACUUCGCCGUGCUUCUGCAGGAGGACGGCAGACUGCAGAUCCGCUACCAGCUGGGGGGAGAGACAGAGGCCAUCUAUAUGGAACCACGCAACCUGGCCAAUGGGCAGCCACACGGCCUGAAUGUAACUCGGCAUGGACGGGAAAUCUCUGUGCAGCUGGAUCACUACGCAGCAGCCACGCACCAGCUUCAUGCUCUGCAGAUGCACUACACAGCCUCUGUGAUCUACCUUGGCAAGGUGCCCGACUCGGAGGUGCGAGACAGCGAGCUGCAACGGGCAAAUUUGCACGGGUUCGUCGGCUGCCUCUCCCGCGUGCAGUUCAACCGCGUGGCGCCACUCAAGGCUGCUCUGAUGCAGCAGGGAGCGCCCUUCCAUUCCACGUCCUCCAUCCCAUUGUCACCCUCCAGCUCGCCCGUAGUCGUCCACGGGCGACUGAUCGAAUCGAGCUGCGCAGUGCCGGCCUCCACUAUCACCCCGGCGGCGACCAGCACAGAGCCCUGGAUCUUCCCGGACGACUCUUCUGAAAUGCCACCAGAAGAAAGGAAACCUAUGAGUAGUCCAGUCGGAAGCAACUCAGCUCUCAUUGGAGGAGUGAUUGCGGUCUCAAUUGUGAUCAUCCUCUGCUUGCUGGCGCUCGUGGCGCGCUACAUCGUCGGGCGCAAAGGCUGCUAUCGCUCAGCCGUGCGGGGGCCGGAGGUCGUUGAGAGCUCCUCGGCCAUGCAGGGUGUCCACCAGAACUUCCACCAUGGCCUGGAGGACACCAGGAAGGAGUACUUCAUUUAACAGAAUAGGGACAGCAACGAGAUGCUUUGACGCGCAUUUGUCGAGAAUAUUGUUUACGGGGAUGGCCCGGGUGAAUGCACUAAGUCACCCGUAGUUGCCGGAUGUUGAGAUCACAGACUGGUGUCUUCAAACGUGUCCCUGGUGUUUUCCUUCGAGACCCUUUCAAAUGUUGUGAACCCAUUGUCCAAUUUUCCCAUAUUUUUUAUUUCCUCAAAAUAUACAGUUCCCAUGGCAUUAACUGUUGCUGGCCAGUAGUUUUGUAUGUAUUUUAAAUUCAGAUUUUGUUCCCUUUUAAUGGUUAAUGUUUUAAUUCUGCUUACGCAGCUAAAUCUUCAUUAUAGCAGGUGAAAUAAUAUUGUUCCAAUAUUGUGAUAUAAGCCUAAAACAAUAUGGUGAAAAUGUUACAAUGUAUUCACAUUAUCACAUGUAUAUGAUGAUUUAAAAUAUGGCUAAAUGUUCCAGGAUACAAUUAUGAAACUGCUUGUGUUGAUGUUAGCCGGGCGUUGUGGCACACGCCUAUAAUCCAGCACUUUGAAGGCGAGGGUUGGUGGGUCAUAUAGAUUUGUGAAACUCCCAAUCCCCCUUAUUCUUGGGUCUUUCGGUAAAGUCACGUAGAUAGGUUCAAAGAAAAUAACAAAAAACUACAACGUUGCGAUCGCAAAACAAACGGUCGUCUUCAGAAGGGGGGGGGGGGGGGGGUGAGCUUCCAAGGCAAACUGUUUAUUAGGGUUUGAAAUGGGCGUAGCCCAAAUGUCAGCAAGUGUUCGACAGCCAAUUCGACGGGGGUUGGUUUUCCACCAACCCCUGUUUGCGAGAUGGCAGUCCUGUACAUGAAGUGGGUUUGUGAACCCAUCUGCAAAGAACUUUGAGUGUUAUUCCCCCAUGUGUGUGGGUUUUCUCCAGUUUCCUUUCAAGUACAGAAUACUUAUACAAAAAUUGGACAGAAACCCCAAUGCAGGACUCUAAUAAAAAUGAUUACCAAGACUCAGUGAGGUUUUCCUGGAUAAAUAAGUACCUUAAUUUAUUGUGUUAAUUGUGCAAGAUAGAAUUAAUUGCAAAUAGAAUGUGUUAUUUUAAAAUUGUAAAACACUGCAUAACAAUCUUAUGUUUGUAUACAUACAUAAUCAUGAGCACUUGAUAAACACAUAUUUUGACCACAAAAUCUAAUGUGUACAUAAUCCUCUAUGGUACCAUUUCUCUUACACAUCGGUCAUGUGCAAUCUAUUAGGUGACAUAAAUAACACAUUGACAACCGAGGAUGAGCUAAUGGUGAACAUCAGAAAAAAACAACUGAAGGGUUCUCUGCAGCCUCUAUAAUUAAACCCAUCUCCGAGAAUUAGUAUUGGCAUUUAAUGUGCCGGGAAUCAUGUCUGAAUGGCAAAUUAAAAUGUAUUUUCUUGGCUUGUGCAGCCAGACUCUGGGGAGUAAUGGUGCACACUUGUGAAUCGCUGAGACAAUAUGGAGCUCACUGCUUUAGCAUUACAAGGCUGAUCAUGAAUGUAGCUUGAGUUUUGUUUGGCAAAGAGUUUUAUAGCGGUGUGGCUAUUGUAUGUGAGCUCAACAUGGAAAGUCUAUUCUUGUCUGCGUUCAUAUUGCAUUGAUUGGCACACUAGACUAUGCUGAAAAUCCAAUCACAAUAAAUGUGGAAGCAGCAACAAAGUGCAAUAUUUGUUUUGUUGUCUGUGUUAAAUACAUUCAACAACAAAAAUUACAAAUGUAACCACAUCACGCCUUGCGUAUACAAAUAAGAUUAGUCAAUGGGAUGUUACCAUCAAUGUCGCCAUAUUUUAAUUGGUUUGAUCCAAAAUAUUAAUGGCUUUGUUAAAAUAUUAGUUUUUUUUAGUAUUUGUAGUUUUACAAAGGGUAAACCAUUAUUUUUUGUCAUAACAUUCGUGUAAUAAUCAAUUAUCCCUUAUAAAAUAAUAAUAAACAUUAAAUGCAUUUAAAAAUACUGAUAUAAUUUUUCUAAGUACAGUAUUGUAUAUCAAUUUAUGUUUACAAAAAUGUAUUCUGAAAAAAAUAAUUUAAAGAUUAAAAAAAUGUUUUCAGUGGUAAAAACAACGCUAAUGUGAACUGCAUUUAAGUGUCAACGAUUAACAUUUGUUAAAUGAAAGGUGGGUGACGUUUCAUGUGCGGUAAGGAUUGUAAAUAAUUGUAAAAAUGUUGUAAACUUGCUUUCUUCGUCCGUUUUUUGACUUAA